GUUUUUUUCUCCUGCUUCCUCUCUUGAGAAUCUCUUUCUUCGUGUUGGGGCGAGUUUGUGGCGGUGGUUGCGUAAUCCACCGGAUGUGGAUAACACGAGAAUCGAUUUCAGGGUUCUUCUCUGAUCAUCAUCACAAUUUUAAGAUGAUAAACUCCGGCUCAAAAAAUUGAGGUUAUAAUGAAGAAUCAAAAGUUGUUUCAGAAGAGAGCACGAGAUGACAAUUCCGAUGACGAUGAAGAAAAACAUGAAUGGAAGAAAUCAGAGGAGGAGUUUCCUCCAGCUGCUGGAAGGUACAUGUCAUGUGGGUAUUUUUCCUCGACUCGCUAAAGCUUCUUCUCAUUCUAUCUUGAUCAUUGUUUCUAAUCAUGUCGAUGUUUUGACUUACUUUGCUUGGAAAGUCGAUGGGUUUUCCGGUUAUCUUUUCUUUAGAGCUAAUAAAGAAGACAUAGAUUCUGUAAACGAAAAGACAGCUGCUAAAUAUGGUUCAGUUGCAGCUCCUAUUAUUGUGGAAAAGACUACGUCUUCCACAAUGGUUGCAGAGCCAGUGUGGUCAAGGCAUGUGAGCCAAUUCUGGAGAAACAACAACGCUUGGCCGGGAAAGUUGCAGAGGCGGCCAGUCGUCUUCUCCCCGGUGAUACAGGGCACUACUGUAUCCCUCAGCUCUUCUCUCUUCUUGGAGAUCUGUACUCCUAGUUGGAGAUUUACUCCCCCUUGGAGAUUCUUGUUACCACUCUGUGUGGUUCUGCUUCUUUCAGCUCAGGGGGUUCCCCAACACUACUGGACAGCGAAUGCGCUAAGAACCAUCGGAGAGGAUGUGGGCUCUGUAGAGCUUGUGGACACCGAGCAGAUUCGGGUUAGGGUAAACAUAAAUGCUCUACAGCCCCUUGAACAACAGAUCCCAAUAUUGUUGCCUACAGGAGAGACGACUAUGGUGGAUCUUGUGUAUGAAAAGCUUGAGAAACACUGUUUCCUAUGCUUCUCCCUGCUGCACGAGAAGAAGGAUUGCCCAAGCCGGGUUGCCAACACAAGAAGAGGCUCUCCAGAGGCGGAGAACAACAAAAGUACUUAUCGCCAUAGGUCGGAGGACGAUAAGAGGAACCCUUCCUCAAAAAGAACUCUGCCAACAGAGUACAGGGGAAAUCGUGAUAAGCCUCAGGACAGAUGGGACCGUCGCUCCCAGUCUAGAUAUGAACAUCGGUCUCAGGCCAGACAGACCUCCAUAAGGUCACCUCAUCACCCAAGAAGGAAGGAGCUCCCUAGAGCAAGUAUUGCGAGUAGACUGAGAGAGCCUCCCUCUGUUUUUGAAAACAGAGGACCUAGGAGGUCAUCUCCAAAUAACUCUUCCAGGCGGUAUCCACAAGCCCCUCGUAGGGAGCCCUAUUCUGCGAGAAAAUCUUGUAAUACUGAGUGGAGAGAGAGAAGAUCCCCCUUGGGAUCCAGGAGUUUCCAGGCUACAAAUGGUAGCCCCAGAGCGUCGCGCAACAGUGAUCAGAGAAUUGUCGCAUCUCAAAGUGAAAGAUCACCAGUUACUCCACCGCCAGCUCCUGAGUCUCUACCACCUCCCCCACCGGCCUCUCUUAACAACAGAGCCGCUCAUUCUUCACCAAAGUCCCGGAGACCUGCUUUGGAGAGGAUUUCUUUGAGCGACCAGCCUGAUAUUUCUAACCACUUCCCUGUAGGUCAUCUUGGUGAGUCCUCCUCGCCUUUUGGACGCCUCCAAGAAGUGAAUAUCCAGUAUCUAGGUGAAGAGGACCAGAAUCUAUUAGGCCUCAACAGAACAUCUACUCUGGUGGGUGCAAGCUCAAACCCAAUCCAUCCAACCUUGAGUCACAGACUCUCGCUGGGAGAAGGAGUUUCUCUAGAAGCUAGCAGGCGGUCUGCUUUACAAAGAGUGGAAGAGGCGCAACCUACUAUCACGGUCUCCAUCCAAGCUAAUCCUCCAAAGAAAAAACCAGCAGCUAAGAAAAAGAUAGCUGCUCCAGGAUUACCCAGAGGAGCUAGAAGCCCUCUUCAGGGAGCUAGCACUAGAAAGAGGAAUACCGUUAGGCCAAAGGCUACUGCUGCAGCUAGGAAGCGGUUAUGUGCGGAACAACUACCUUAUAAUAAGGACCCUGUCACUGACUCUCAGUGCUCUACACCGGCUUUGGUGGUGCUCCCAGCCUCUAAAAAGGCAAAGACUAAGGCUGCACCCCUCUCAAAUGCCUCUCACGGGUGGCGAGGGAUUCUGGCAGGAAGAGAAAUCUUAAGAAAAGGGUUAGGCUGGAUUGUAGGAGAUGGAGAAGAGAUUAGCUUGUGGAACUCUCCUUGGUUAUCGACAUCAAGCCCCAAGUGUCCUUUAGGACCGCCUAAUGCAGAUUCAGUCCACCUAAGGGUUAAAGAUCUGCUCUGUCCCCUCACUCAUCAGUGGAGUCUGGAAGCGAUUAGGAAGUUUUUACCUCAUCAUGAGGAGAAUAUACUCAGCCUGGUUUUGAGUUCAUCAAAGCGACCUGAUAAGUUACGGUGGCUUCCUGUGAAAUCGGGGAAUUAUUCCUCUAAGUCAGGUUAUGCAGUUGGAAGAAGUGGCCCCGCUCUGGACGUUGAGGAUCAGUUCAACUGGCAGACGAGCAUCUGGAAGGUAAAAACCUCCCCAAAGAUCCGCAUGUUUCUGUGGAAAUCAGCUCGGAGGGCUUUACCUGUCGGGACAGCUUUGGCACGCAGAGGUAUUGUGGCUGAAACAGAAUGCAAAAGGUGUGGACAGCUUGAGGAUGCAAUACACAUUUUCUUUCGCUGUCCGUUUGCUGCAAAAGUCUGGGAUCUCGCCCCAAUUAUCAAUAAGCCAACUGUAGACAACAGUCCAUCGAUGAAGCAACUCCUCACCUCGGCCAGAAAGUCUCUGUCUCUUCCCCCGGUUGGGUUAGGAGUAACACCCCUGUAUCCCUGGAUCCUUUGGUUCUUGUGGAAGGUGAGAAACUAUUUUGUCUUUGAAGACCAGAAGCUCUCAGAAGUGGAGACUCUCCAGAAAGCAAUUACGGAGGCAAGAAGUUGGCAGGAGGCAAAACUGCAGCAACCCUCUCCAAAGUUACCAAGUCGCCAGGAUAAAGUAACAGAGGCCCUUGGUGAUGCCUGGCUCUGUUUCUCGGAUGCUGCUUGGAAACCAGACUCGCUAUUGGGAGGAAUGGGUUGGAUAGUGCUGACUCCCCAGAAGAUUCUCUCCCUCCAAGGAUCAACAUCAAGACCCUUUGUGUCCUCGGCUCUAGUGGCUGAAGCACUGGCUUUAAAGGCUGGAAUUAAUGCCGCCUUAGCUUCGGGUGUACCAAGGCUAGCCUGUUUUUCGGAUUGCCAAGAACUAGUGCUUCUUCUCAAUUCCGAGGGCUAUGCGAAUGAGCUAGAUGGAAUUCUAGCUGAUAUCUUUUUGCUUAAAAACUGUUUUAUUUCGAUCUCCUUUCACUUUGUUUCGCGUUCGGAGAAUGCUCAGGCGGAUGCUUUGGCAAAAGCUGCUCUCCUCUCUUGUACUUUCUCCUCCCCUGCGGGAGUCUGAGACUUUUCCUAUUAAUGAAUGAAUGUUUGCCCA